AUCGCCGAGCCGCAGCGGAAGAUCUCGACUCGCGUUUCAUACGCGCUCGACGCGCACGCUUUCUUUGACGCAUUCCGCGCACGCGUUGGACCAGUGCGGCAUUUUCAGCUCAGUUUGAGAUGUCGUUUUGCUUUCGGAUCGAUGUGAAAAAGUAGCGCUUGAAUUUCUGGAAAGGUUGAUCUAAACACGCUACUCGGCUUCCUGGUUCUCGGUGCGAUACGCACGCAGCUGUUUUAAACCAUCUGGAAAGUGGACGCGAGGGGCGUUAUUUCGUCAAAAGCUCCUGUUUAGGAAACGUAAGAAACGCCCGGUGCGUGGGGGUUGAUUGCCCAUGUCUCUCGGUGCGUGAGUGUGCUGCGCGCGGACAUCAUCAUGGGUCAACGCGGCUGGACCCGGGCGCGCUGUCAGGACAGCGGGGUCGAGCCCGAGCGCGAGCGGCUGUGGGCCGAGCUCUUCGACCAGCUGGACCUAAACAAGGACGGACGGAUCGACGUGAACGAGCUGCGCGUCGGACUCGCCGGCCGGGGGAUGUCGUCGAGCUCGGUGGAGGAGCAGGUUGUACGAGCCGGAGACAUAAACCAAGACGGUCAGCUGGACUUUGGGGAGUUCACCGAGUUUCUGCGUUCACAGGAGAAACGCCUCAAACUCAUGUUUCGUAGUUUGGAUUGCAACAAUGACGGUAAAAUAGAUGUUGGGGAGAUCCAGCAGUCACUACAUAAUCUUGGAGUCGAGGUCACACUGGAACAGGCGGCCAAAAUAUUGGAGAGUAUGGAUAAAGAUCGAUCCAUGACCGUCGAUUGGUCAGAGUGGCGAGAUCACUUCCUGUUUAACCCUCUGCACAACAUGGAAGAGAUUGCGCAAUACUGGAAACACUCUGUGAUGUUGGACAUCGGCGAGCUUUUAACUGUUCCAGACGAGUUCUCAGAGAAGGAGAAGAGGUCUGGGUUUGUUUGGAGACAGCUGAUGGCAGGGGCCGUUGCCGGAUCUGUUUCCAGAACAGGAACAGCACCGCUGGACAGACUCAAGGUGUUUUUACAGGUACACGGGCGGAGUUCUGAUAAGGUUAGCGUGUGGCGUGGUCUUCGGGCGAUGGUGAAAGAGGGCGGUCUGACAGCACUGUGGAGGGGAAACGGCAUUAAUGUGCUCAAGAUAGCUCCAGAAACAGCCAUCAAAUUCCUUGCUUAUGAGCAGAUUAAAAGGUUAAUGAGAGGCAGUAAAGAAGGAGGGACUCUGAAAGUUCAUGAAAGAUUCGUCGCUGGAUCACUGGCUGGAGCCACUGCUCAGACUGUUAUAUAUCCUAUGGAGGUGCUGAAAACGCGUCUCACUUUGCGUAAAACAGGACAGUAUUCAAGCGUCGCCGACUGCGCGAAGCAGAUCCUGGAGAAAGAGGGCGCUCUGGCGUUUUAUAAAGGAUAUCUACCCAACUUGCUUGGCAUCAUCCCCUACGCGGGCAUAGACCUGGCAGUCUACGAGACGCUGAAAAACGCCUGGUUACAGAAGCACACGGAUGGGACGGCUGACCCCGGCGUUCUGGUGCUGGUGGGUUGUGGAACUGUGUCCAGUACGUGCGGACAGCUGGCGUCCUACCCGCUCGCCCUCAUCCGAACGCGCAUGCAGGCUCAGGCGUCGAUGAAGGGUGGUCCUCAGGUGUCCAUGUUGACUCUGUUCAGGAGUAUAGUCGCUCAGGAGGGUUUGGUGGGACUCUACCGAGGCAUCGCUCCGAACUUUCUGAAAGUCAUACCUGCAGUCAGCAUCUCCUACGUGGUCUACGAGCACAUGAGGAAAGUACUGGGAGUUGGAACCUGAAAUACAUACUAUACGUGUACAGAAACAACAAACAUAUUUUUAUUUCUGAAACAUGGACAAGGAUUAUAAUCUUCUUUAUUUAAGCCUGAGACAUAUCAGACUGCACUGAAAGUUUGAGGUGCAUUUACCAAAAAAAUCCCUGAAAUAUGCCGAGAGGUGCUUACCUGAAUCAUUCCUGAAUCGCUGAGAUUCAUGAUGCUUUGUUUGUGUUGUUGGUCAACAGGGCCCUGAUAUUCAGGUAUACAGGGUAGGCCACACCCCAUGGACGCGGUAAAAUGAACGCUGUGUGUGGGAGUUUGUGUGAGCAUGUGCCGUACUGUAUCGUAUGUGUGUUUAACCCCCAUGCACACACUACUGAACAAUCCAAUGAUCUGUUUGAUACGAGAGAAUGACCAAUAAACUAAUUUGUUUCCUUUGAAGGGACUGUGAGAUUGAAACACAUUCACCAACCUCAGUAAUACUGUUUAAUGAAAUGACAAGACCUCUCCAAAUCCACAUCUCAUAGGCUCUUAUUUAUGAAGUUUAAGCAAAACAAACGUCUAUAAAUCAUUAGCAAACCACUUUUAUUCGUUUCUGUUUGUGUCUAAUAAGGGGUGUUGACAAUAGUAUUAUGAACAACACAUUUCUGUGGAUUUUAAGUGUGCAUCCAUGCAUGCUUUUUGGCAAAUGUUUCCUACAAUUGCUUGCACUGUGAAAGAAAAGUUUGUGACAGUUCUCUGUGGACCUUUUUCAGGUGAAGAGGUGUUGAGGAGUUUUAGAUGCAUUUCAAUUAACAUGCAAGUACAAUCAGUGUGUAAGCAUCUAUAUUACCAAGAUAUCAUUUUAUGAUCAAUAAUAGUACACGGUCUUACUACAUACUCGAAAGUGUGAUUUCUGAGCCAACCAGAAGUUGAAAAAAAACUUGUUCGUUUUAAUUCUAGGACAAUGCGAUAUUAACUUUUAAAUUCAGAUAAACUGUCUGGACAUGUUACAUUACAAUAAGAAUGGUCAUUUCAGUCUUUCCCACUAAAAUGUGAAUGACAAAUUUCUGCUUUUGUGUCAUUUAAAGUAAACCGCUUUGAAUCACCUGAUGAUUGAAUAUUUGAUGGUUUGUCCACUUUUUUAAAUAACCAAUAGUUUUUAGUUGACUAUACAGCUGUGUCAGAUGAUUUAAGAAUAUUUUGAGUGCAGGAUGACGUCAUUCAUUUUUCGGUCUGUUUUCCUUGCCCUUGUUCUCCAUGCUGCAGAAUUGCACAAAAUUGUUAAGGAAAUUGGCAAACCUGCUCAAGUGGUUCUGUACGCACAUUACUGUUAUUUAUGUAAACGAAAACAAAUCUGUGUGAGCAUUAUCUGUUCAGUGUUUUUUUUCUUUCAAAACAGCCUUGUAUUGAAUGCAUGCAGAAGAAUGUAUUUAGAAUAAAUUAUUAAAUUAAACUGUA